UUGCUCUCCAGUACCUUGACUAUUCGAGCUUGUCUCUCUUGUCUCUUCAGCCUUGAGAUCAGUACAGAAGACGCGCAGAGGUUGCAACUGGAAUGGAGUUCUCAGGGACAUUUGGUGGCAGAGCGGCGUUUCUUUGGCUUUCCUUCUGCAUCUUUCUCACACUUUCCUGCGCCAAGCCUGAAAAACCACUGACGAAUGUCAAUUUGAGUCCGUUCUGGCAGUGGAGGAGUGCGUACGAAUGCCUGCAAAACACAUCGGGCACAUGCAGCGCCCAGGAGCUGAACAUGUCAGGCAUCAUCCAAGUGACCGGAAGCAGCCAAGUGGCGAAGUAUUGCAACGGAUGCGCGCACUGGACCCGGGACGUGCUCGCCUGCAUCCGUUCGGUUAAGAGGGACUUCUGGUUCAUGAACAACGCCACCGUCAAGCUAAUCAAUGACACCAUCAGCAGUGGUUGCGCCGACAAUUCAGGUAAGAUUUUCACGAAGCGGGAAAACAAACGCGAGGAGUCAUUCGAAUUUCUGCAGAUAAUUCAGACCAAGAGGCCGGCGAUUCACAAUUUGAAUUUGCAGAUAUCGUCGUCAUCGGCGUCCCGAAAAGCACCGGGGUGAGGAAUUUCGGCGGGACUUACCUGGCUUUGUUCUCGGGUUUGGUCUUGGCAAUUUUCUUGCUCAGCACAUGAGGAUGAGGAGAGAAGACAAGCAUGACAGGAGUCAAUAAAAACAGAUUGCCCUCACACAAAUAAGGAAACCAUGAUACUUACUGUGCUUAUAUUCAAGCAAACGACAGAUACCCGAUACUAAAUAAACUAA